AGCUGAGUGGCGGUCACGGGACCGCGACCAGCUCUCUCUGGCUUCCUGGCAGUGAGGGACAUGGAGAAGGAACGGGAGCGGCUGCAGGCCUGGAAGGAGCUUGUGGGGCAGGAACUGGACCGCGUGGUGGCUUUCUGGACGGCGCACUCCCACGACCAGGAGUAUGGGGGCUUCUUCACGUGCCUGGGCCGAGACGGGCAGGUGUACGAUGACCUCAAGUAUGUCUGGCUGCAGGGGAGGCAGGUGUGGAUGUACUGCCGCCUGUUCCGCAAGUUCGAGCGCUUCCACCGCCCUGAGCUUCUGGACUCGGCUAAAGCAGGUGGUGAAUUUCUGCUGCGUUAUGCCCGAGUGGCACCUCCCGGGAAGAAGUGCGCCUUUGUGCUGACGCGGGACGGCCGCCCGGUCAAGGUGCAGCGCACCAUCUUCAGCGAGUGCUUCUACACCAUGGCUAUGAACGAGCUGUGGCGGGUCACAGGGGAGGCGCGGUACCAGAGGGAAGCGGUGGAGAUGAUGGAUCAGAUUGUCCGCUGGGUGCGGGAGGACCCGUCGGGGCUGGGCCGGCCCCAGCUCCCGGGGACCCCUCCCUCAGAGCCCAUGGCGGUGCCCAUGAUGUUGCUGAACCUGGUGGAAGAACUUGGGGAGGCGGACGAGGUGUUGGCGGGCAGCUAUGCAGAGCUGGGGGACUGGUGCGCCCAGAGGCUGCUGCGGCACGUCCAGCGGAAUGGCCAGGCUGUGCUGGAGAACGUGGCGGAAGAUGGCGAGGAGCUUUCUGGUUGCCUGGGGAGACUGCAGAAUCCAGGUCACGCACUAGAAGCCGGCUGGUUCCUGCUCCGUCACGCCCUCCGGAAGGGUGACCCUGAACUUCGAGCCCACGUUAUUGAAAAGUUCCUGUUGUUGCCUUUCCGCUCUGGGUGGGACCCUGCGCACGGGGGCCUCUUCUGCUUCCAGGACGCUGAUGGCCUCUGCCCUACCCAGCUGGAGUGGGCCAUGAAACUGUGGUGGCCGCACAGUGAGGCCAUGAUCGCCUUCCUCAUGGGCUACAGCGACAGUGGAGACCCUGCCUUGCUGCGCCUCUUCUACCAGGUGGCGGAGUACACCUUCUGCCAGUUUCGCGAUCCCGAAUUUGGGGAAUGGUUCGGCUACCUGAACCAGGAGGGGAAGGUCGCCCUCACCGUCAAAGGGGGCCCUUUCAAAGGCUGCUUCCACGUCCCUCGGUGCCUGGCGAUGUGCGAGGAGCUGCUGGACGCCCUGCUGAGCCGCCCCGCCCCGGCUCCCGCGCCCCCGCCCGCCGCCCCGUCCCUCGCCCGCCGGGGCACGGAAUAAAG